AUGCAAGCAAUCCAGCAUGAAGGGCCCUCUGCCCUGGUAGACCACCCGGUUCUAGCAGACGUCUCCCGAGACAUGUCGCUUAAGAGCCCGGUCCCCAAGAACGUCGCCUUCGAGCUUCUCUUGGACGAGAACUCCAAAGUUCGAGCUCGUAUCCCAAUGCGCGUUCAAAUAUACCCCCACGAUACAACGGAUUCGAUUGUCACCACAGUCAAAAAUUUCUAUGGCAUCUACGACGGCACUGCCAGUGGGGUGAGCUUCGAGGACGAACAUGGAACAACCCUCAUCGCAAGGUACGAGAACUUGAAAAAUAACAUGACUGUAUACGUACGAGUCAUUCCCAUUCAACCAUUUGGGGAUUCUUUCUACGGCGGCUUUCCUGCCGAGCGCAAGCGCCCAAGCCUAGGUGAGCCCUUCCAGAUGGUUGAUGGCAUGGCGCCAGUCAUGGAUCAGCCAUCUCGCCCAUCUUCACGGCUCGCACGCAAGCGCAGCACCUCGCCAUCGAACAGGAGUCUGCGCAGUGCUUCUCAACACAAGCAGGCUUCUCGUAGCGGCAUCAAAAGCCGGGGCUCAAGUAUCCACGGCGGCUAUCCCGAUGAGGACCCCGGGUUGAGCGACACUGAUUCAACCUAUACUCGCAAAUCGCGAGGCGAUACAUUCGCAAGCUCUGAAAUAAGCAUGGAAAAUAUACUGCAAGAUGGUCGUCGGAAACGACCCAAGUUUGACAGCUCGGAACUUCCUCUCUUCGUCCCUCCUCAAGUCCCCCUCACUAUCUCAACCUCUUCCAUCUCUCCUCAACGUCGCUCCAUCGGUCAGGAAGGUGCUGGCUCACCUUUUGCUCGUCCUACCCAUCGCCCUUAUAACUAUCAGCAAGCGCUGCCGUCGCCACAAAGCUACGGCCACAGCGAAUACGGAAUUCAAUCAGGGCGCAAUACAGUGUAUGCGACACCCAUGGUCCCUGAUCAUGCGCACCGCAUACCCUAUAGCAAUUCGGCACCGCGAGUGAGUGGUCCUGGCAUCCUGCCUACCCCCGACCCCACUAUCGCAAGCUGCAUCUCCGAUGAAGACGUCGCAAUGCAGUUGAUUCGCCUCGGCGAUGCGUCCAAUUUCUCCCAUGGUCGCACGUCAGCCUCAACACUUGAUGAUGCUUUCAGCGGCGCCGCCGAUGCCGCCUCUUCUACUGGCGCUACCAGUGACGGAGAAGACUUCAGCGAAGAUGAGGAUGACUUGCCAGCUCGUCGCAGACUUGACUCAAGUCCAAUGCUUCCUCCAGGUGCUAUCAAGCGCCACCACAAACGUUUGGACGACAUCCUCCCCAGUGCCGACAGCAGUGACCACAGCUCCGACGGCGUUGAGGACGGCAUUAAGAGCGAGGGUGAGGAAGACAUCUUGUACAAGGAGUUCGCUCCCAAGUCCAAGAAGCCUAGGAACCGCCCCAACUCCGCUAAGGCUCGUAGCCAAAAGCCUAUGGUCAAGCAAAGCAAGACCAAGACCACCUCUAUGCCGCGCAAGCCCUCCGACAAGCCCGGCCUCGUCGGGCCCAUGCCCCCUCUCAGCCCUAGCUCAUCUCGCAAGGUCUCUAACGGCUCCGUCAACUUCCAGCACCAGCUUGGCGCCGACGAGGAAGACCUCUCCACCAAGCCCCGCUGCCAACGCUGCCGCAAGAGUAAGAAGGGCUGUGAUCGCCAACGUCCCUGCGGGCGCUGCAAGGACGCCGGAAUCGGAAUCGAAGGAUGCCUCAGUGAAGACGAGGGCAAUGGUCGCAAGGGCCGGUAUGGGCGCCACAUGGGCGUCCCUGUGAAGAAGGACGACGGAUCAGAGGAAAGCUAUGAGCUACCCCCGAUGCCAGGAACACCCAUGACGGUCGCAGACAUCGCAGACAAGAACAAGAAGCGGAAACGCUAG